AUGAACGCCAUCGACGGCACCGUUCGUCAGGUAAAGACGGACGACACACCUCCGCCCUCUCUACUAGCCAUAGUUCUUGACACAAACCCCCACGCGUGGGCCCACCUCUCCUCCACCCUCCCGCUCUCUUCCGCCAUUGCAAAUCUCCUCGUCUUCAUCAACGCCCAUCUAGCCUCCGGAAACGCCAACGAAGUCGCAGUAAUAGCAUCGCACUCCCGCCGCGCACAAUGGCUAUACCCGACCCCCAAAGGCCCCAUCUCUCAUCACCCAUCAUCCAAUGGGGACGCCAACGGCGACAUAGAAAUGAACGGCGUCUCCCACCCCAACGGCAGCACCACCACCACUACCCCCGCCAAAGAAAACGCAAACAAAUACCGCCCCUUCUCCACCGUCGAAAACGCCAUCCUCUCCAACCUCUCCAACCUCCUAUCCUCGACCACGGAAUCCGACCUCGCCUCAACACCUACCACCCUCAUCGGCGGCGCCCUCUCCCUCGCCCUCACUCACAUCGCGAAAUCCACACUCCUGCACUCCCCAGUCGACCCCCUCGCAUCCGAUAACCCGCUCUCCGCGCUCGCCGAUUCCGAAAGCGUAGCACGCACCCAGCGCAUCCCACUGACUUCCCGCAUCCUCAUCAUCUCCGUCUCCGGGGACCUCGCGAACCAAUACAUACCCGUCAUGAACUCCAUCUUCGCCGCCCAGCGCAAGCGCAUACCAAUCGACAUACUCAAACUCGCCGGCGACACCGUCCUGCUGCAGCAAGCAUCCGACGCUACGGGUGGAGUGUACAUGAAGCCCGAGCGCCCCGAGGGACUGCUGCAAUAUCUGAUGAUGGCGUUUUUGCCCGAUGCGGUUGCGCGGCGGAGCUUGGUGAUGCCUAGUGCGGGUGGUGUGGAUUUCCGCGCGGCGUGUUUCUGUCAUAGGAAGGUCGUGGACAUUGGUUAUGUGUGCAGUGUGUGUCUGAGCAUCUUUUGCGAACCAAACCUCCCCGGCAACCUGUGUCUGACUUGCGGCUCCUACCUCUCCCUCCGCGCCGCACAGACGGCCACACCCGCACUCGUGGCACGCAAAAAGAAGAAGAGGAAGAGGGUUGCCGGAACGGAUUCUGCAACUCCUAGCGGUACUCCCGCCGCAACCACGCCCAUGCAUCCUUGA